AUGCUAACCUGUGAUUUAGAGCCUCUAUCAACCGCUCUACCAGAGUCUCCGCGUGGAUCGGGGAAACGGCUGCAUCACAUUUCAACCCUCUCUACUUCUACUACAGCUACAGCGGCAACUCUAGCACUUUCUUCAAGAACUUUGGUUUCAGAACCACUAAGUAAGACUGGUUACAAUUCAGGUCUUGAGAUCCAAAACGGGAAUGACUUCGAACAGUUAUCACUAGUAGCCAAAUCUACCCCACCAACGACUAGGAGGCAGUCAGAGAGCCCCGAGCAUAAACACCCUACUAGUGCUUCACUAAAAAUUCCAAAAAGCUUUGAGAGGUCCCAUAGGAAACCCUCAACGGAGAAAGAAAAAGACAACACAAUUCGCAACAAAUCGGGGAUCAAGUAUACAAAAGAGACUCCAAGAUGCAUUGGAGCAACCAAACAGGGCCGCCGGUGCCUAAAUAAAGCGUCCCGUCAUACCCAAUACUGUCAUUUGCAUAUAGAUCAGGAUAAACAGUUGGUUAAUAUGCUCCAGGCCCUGUCAGUAUCCACUCGCUCAAUAUCACCAGGAUAUAUCUAUGUUUAUACUCUAGAGGCUGGUCACAAGAAUGUUCAUGUAUACGACCAUGACAAACAAGCAUUUAUCCCGCUGCCAGUAUCGAGUAGCUCUACAAAUUCAUUAGGGUCGAAAUCUCUACCCAAGGGAAUGUCCAAAAUGGAAGCAUUAAAAUCACUUUCCAGUGUGAGAACGUCGUCUUCAACACAAUAUCUCAAAUCUUCCAAAACCAUGAGAUCACCGAGUUCCUCUGAGUUGAAGACUGGGGCCAUGGAGCCAAAGAGAAGUUUAUUUGGCAAAAUCUUUCACAAUUCACGGGGAAGUGAUCGAGAAAUACCCUCAAGAGCAAUGCUAGUAAAAGUGGGCCAGACUACAAAAACGCCUGCAAAACGACUGGCAGAGUGGAGGGCCAAAUGCCAACACCCAAUUGUUUUGUUGUCACCACUUGCUACAUCAUCCGCAUCCAACUCGUUUGACUAUUCGAAACAAGGCUGGCCAACAGUACAAGCUAGACCGACAGAAGCAGCGAUACACAAUGAACUUCGCGCUCUUUUUGGAAAAGGCCAUGUAGAAUGCACUGGCUGUAAAGACCAUGGCCGCCAUAAUGAAUGGUUCCUGGUUCCUGCCGACAGAAUAGCGACUCUAUUUGAGACUAUCAAUUAUUGGGUCCAGCUAUAUAGAAACGAACAACCAGAUUAA